AGGUGAAGGUCGUCAACAUGGCCUUCUUGCAGUGGAGAAGGUUCAACUUCUUUGAGAAGGAAACAGUCAAAGACCCAGAAACAGACCAGUAUUUUGAUCAGCUCAAGGACAAAAAUGUAUCUGUCUGUGCCAGUGGCAGGGGCCAGCUCAUUGUUGGUGAUUUUGAUGGUAAUAUCUACCUCAUCAAUAGACAACUUCAGAUGUCAUCUUUCAAGGGUUAUGAAAUUAGAGUCAGCCAUCUACAUCAAAUGAAACAGCACAAUAUCAUGGUGUCAAUAGGGGAAGAUGAACAAGGUGUUAAUCCACUGAUAAAAGUAUGGAACUUAGAGAAGAUGGAGAGGGGAAGUCCUAUAUGUACAAGGAUAUCUAGGGCAAUACCUGGAAACAAACCAACACCGGUAACUUGCGUGAGUGUGCAUGAGAAUCUCAACUACAUGGCAGUAGGGUUUGAGAAUGGCGUUGUCGUCGUGUACAAAGGGGACGUCACGCGGGACAGGCACAGUAAGUCUAGAACCGUGUUUGAGAACCAACGGCCAAUCACAGGGUUAUCCUUCAAGACAUCUGGUAGAGACGUCAUCUUGUUCGUUGUGACUGAAAUAGCUGUCAACGCCUUCAACCUCACUGCCAAGGAUCAAAGGGAGACUCUGGAGUCGUUUGGCACAAAGCUCCGCUGUACAGUGACAAGUGAUGCCAGCCAUGACAACCAGCUGGUCAUCGGCAGACAGGAUGCUGUGUACUUCUAUCAGCCAGAUGGGCGUGGUCCGUGUCUGGCGUUUGAGGGGGAAAAGCUUCAGCUACACUGGUUCCGAGGCUACCUGGUGGUAGUUGGGAAGGACAACAAGAACAUGCCACGUGCCCCUGUCUUAGGCACCCAGGGUCUGGAGAUGAACACAGUGACAGUGUACGACAUCCAGAAUAAGUUCAUCGCCUACUCCGCGCCAUACCCUGAUGUCAUUGAUGUCAUGUGUGAGUGGGGGUCUCUCUACGUGUUGGCCGGAGAUAGGAAGCUAUACCAGCUUCAGGAGAAGGACACACAGACGAAGCUGGAGAUGCUCUUCAAGAAAAAUAACUACACUCUGGCCAUCAGUUUGGCUAAGAGUCAGCAGUACGAUGCUGACGGCCUCAUUGACAUCUUCACUCAGUAUGGCGACCACCUGUACAGCAAGGGUGACCAUGAUGGCGCCAUCGACCAGUAUAUCAAAACCAUCGGCAAACUGGAAGCGUCUUAUGUUAUAAGGAAGUUCCUAGACGCCCAGCGCAUCCACAACCUGACCAAGUACCUACAGGCCCUCCACAAGGCUCAGAUGGCCACCGAGGAACACACAACACUCCUCCUCAACUGCUACACCAAGCUCAAGGACGUCUCCAAGCUGGAUGAGUUUAUCAUGACAAAAGAUCGGGAAGUAGAUUUUGAUGUGGAGACGGCCAUCAAGGUGUGUCGCCAGGCUGGAUAUCACAAACACGCUCUGUCGCUGGCGGAGAAACAUGCCAAACAUGAGUGGUACCUGAAGAUCCAGCUAGAAGACAUCAAAGACUAUCACAAGGCCCUUGAGUACAUCGGCAAGCUGGACUUUGAUGAGGCAGAGAAUAACUUGAAACAGUAUGGGAAGAUCUUGAUGAGUGAAGUGCCACAACAGACCACUCAGCUGCUGAAGCGGCUCUGUACCGACUACAAGCCCAUGAACAAGCCUCUAGUGGAUCAGCUGAGUAUGGAUGGUGGUUUACAACGUAUUCAGAAAGCCAAUGCAGAAGAAUUCAUCCAUAUAUUUGUCAACAACUCUGGUAAACUGACAGAGUUCUUGGAACACAUGGUCGAGGUUCAGCCCAACUCCUCAAACCUUGUGUACAACACCCUGCUGGAGCUGUACCUCCAUGAGAUGAUGCAUGAGAAGGAUAUAGCACCUCGAGUUGACAGAGAAAGAAAGACACUGGAACUGUUAAAGAAUCCUGAUGCUCGGUAUGACAUUGACCACGCCCUGAUUCUGUGUCAGAUGAACAACUUCAAGGCUGGCAUCCUGUACCUGUAUGAGAAAGCUCACCUGUAUCAGCAGAUUCUCCGCUACCACAUGGAGCAUGAUGAAUAUGUACACGUCAUCGACGCUUGCAAGAAGUUUGGGCAACAGGAUCCAAGUCUGUGGGUGCAAGCACUGUCUUUCUUCGCUCGGAAGGAAGAAAACUGUAAAGCUCAACUGAUGGAGGUUCUGUCUCAUAUCGACAAGAAGAAUCUGCUUCCCCCUCUGCUGGUGAUACAAACUCUGGCUCACAACUCCACCGCCACCCUGUCUGUCGUCAAGGAUUACAUCAUCAGACGACUUCAGUUGGAAAACGACCAGAUCGCGGAGGAUGAGAGACUGAUUAAACAGUACAGAGAGGACACGGAGAGGAAGAGGCAACAGAUAGAAGAACUCAAAACAUCAGCCAAGAUAUUCCAGGCCUCCAAGUGUAACAUCUGUAACCAUCCCCUGGAGCUGCCAUCAGUACACUUCCUGUGUGAACCACAUUCCUAUCACCAACACUGUUUUGAGGCUAAUGCUGAGACUGACACAGAGUGCCCAGUAUGUGCUGCAGAAAACAGGAAAAUUAUGGAUAUCAUACAAGCUCAGGAACAAACAAAGGACAUUCAUGAACAUUUUCACAAUCAGUUGGAGAGGGCACAAGAUGGCUUCUCUGUUGUUGCAGAUUAUUUUGGUCGAGGAGUGUUUAACAAGGUGACAUUAAUCACAGACUCCCCUACCCACCAACGGACUCCUCAAGGGAGUCUCUCCUCCAGAAUACCCUAGGCCAUAGACAUGUGGUCAACACAACAAGUCAAAAUACCUUAUGUCUAAACCAGCAUUAAACAUGUCUGUGCUGAAA